AUGAAAUGCGCGCAAUCACGUGUGAUCGACGCCACCGCCCAGCUUAGCGUCGCGCCUCAACUCCAAAAGUUCCUCCCAUCGUUUGUUACAUCAACGGACACUUUUGCGACACGCCUCACAUUAUACAUCAUGACCGAAGUACAACCACCGCCCGCGCAAUCUACUGUCGCUACGGCAGACACGCCUUCACUCGCACCGGACACAACCCUCGAGACAUCCACAUCCACCGAGCUUGCGCCCAUCACAACCGAACAGACCAUCAUAACCACCAAUGCAGAAGGUAAAAAGGUCAAGAAGAUUAUUCGCCGCAAGAGAAGACCAGCGCGACCGCAAGUCGACCCCGCGACCUUUAAGACGGACACGCCAGCCCCAACUGGUACAAUCUUCAACAUCUGGUACAACAAAUGGAGCGGCGGCGAUCGCGAAGACAAAUACCUAAGCAAGACGGCGGCACAAGGGCGCUGCAAUGUUGCGAGAGAUAGCGGCUAUACCAAAGCCGACAAGACACCCGGUUCCUACUUUUGUCUCUUCUUCGCGCGUGGCAUAUGUCCCAAGGGCGUCGACUGCGAAUACCUGCAUCGUCUCCCCACCGUCACCGAUAUCUUCCCCUCCAACAUCGAUUGUUUCGGCCGAGACAAGCACUCGGACUACCGCGACGACAUGGGCGGUCGUCACUUUCAAGAAUGGGGCCAGAUUGAACGCACGCGCGUCCUCACCGCCCGCGGCGUAGCUUUCGUAACCUACAUGAACGAAGCAAACAGCCAAUUCGCAAAAGAAGCAAUGGCGCACCAGAGCCUCGACCACAAUGAAAUCCUCAACGUGCGCUGGGCAACCGUCGACCCAAACCCCCAGGCCGCAAAACGAGAGGCCCAUCGCAUCGAGGAGCAGGCCGCAGAGGCUAUCCGCAAAGCCCUACCCGCCGCCUAUGUCGCCGAGCUAGAAGGCCGCGAUCCCGAAGCCAAGAAGAGGCGCAAGAUAGAAGGCAGCUUUGGCUUGCAGGGCUACGAGGCCCCAGACGACGUCUGGUAUGCCAAGGAAAAGGCAGAGUGGGAAGCAGCAAAGGAGAUUGAGGCAGCUGGUGGUGCUGCUCAGCCCAGACAAAUGAUUGAGAGCGGCGAGGAUGCACAUGCGCACGAGGCGGACUGUGCGGCUAUGCAGGUCGCGCCGUCUGGGCAGCACAGUCAGGGCAAUGGUAUAUUUUCCACUUCUACGCUCGCGGCACUAAGGGGAUAUACGGCCGCGCCGGCAAAACCGAAAGUUGCACCUGUGGCGGGGCCGCUGGUGGGAUAUGGAAGUGAUGAUGAUAGCGAUUGA